UGUGAAUUUGAAAACUUUGAGGAUAACAAUUUUGAUGAAAAUGCAAAUAAAAUGAAGUCAUCAUUUAUAUAUAGUAACGAAAAUCUGCAGAAAUUAAAAGAAGAUGAAAAAAAAAAUUAUUUUGAGAAUUUAAAAAAUAAGAACAAUAUAUUAUUAAAAAAUUCUUUUAAAAAUAUUGAAAAAUAUCUUGUUAACGAAAAUAGUAAAGUAGAAAAUGUGCAAACUUUAUAUAUUUAUGGAGAAAAAAACAUAAAUACCUUUUUAAAGUGGAAACAUUUUAGAAGUAUAUUAAAAAGAUAUUUUACUCUUUUAAGUAAUAAAAAAGAAGAAAAUAAAGAUGCAGAUGAAGAAUAUUUAAAAGAAAAUAUAGAGAAUAAAUUAAAUUCCUAUAAUGAAGAUAUAAUGAAUAAUGAAAAUAUAUGUUUUAGUCAAUUUAAAAAAAAAAAAAAUAAAAAAAAUAAAAAAGGUAUCUCAGCAAGUUUCAAAAACAUACUUAAUAUAUUUCCAACUAUAGGAGAAGACAUAAAAACAUGGAAUGUAAGUAAGAGUGUUUCAGAAAAAAAUAGUUUGAAAAUUGAGAAAAAAAAAAAAAAUAAACAUGAUGAAAAUACUGAUAGCAAAGAUAAAAAAAGAAAAAUUAAUGAAAUAUAUGGUGAUAAUAAAAAUGUACUAAAUAAAAAAUUUGUAAAUACGAAUUACUCAAUGAACAAUAAGAAACAUAACAAAAAUUUACAUAAUAUCAUGAAAGAUUCUUCUCUUACUGCACCAAUUAAAAUAACAACAAAAAAAAAUAAAAUAAGUAAUGCCAAAUCGAAAAAUCAAGCAAACUAUAACAAAAAUAAUUCUAUAAAAGGACAUGAAAAUGAAAAAAAAGGAGAUGAAAAAUGUAAUGAAGAAAAAAAAUCUCAAAAGAAUCAAAUAAAAAAAACUAGUUCUAUAAACACGGAUGGUAAAGAAAAUGAAGAGGAUAAAAAAAAGAAAAAGAAGAGAAAGAAAAGUAAGGAAGAAAAAGAAGAAAAAAAAAAUAAAAAAAAAAGUCAUGAACAUAACAUUGUAAUUAAUUUAGCAGAUAAAAGUAUAAGAAAAACUACCAGUUUAUCAGAAGGAAGCGCCAAUUCAAAUAUAUAUAAUAAAAACGUAGAAGAAAAGAAACGUAAAAAAAUGAAAAAAGGAAACACAUAUAAUAAUAUAAAAGAAAUAAUUGAAAAAUUUAAUGAAAAUUUAUUAAUAAUUAUGAAUGAAAUUUCUGAAGUAGCACAUUAUAAACCAUUUUUAAAUGAAGUUAAUGAAACAUACGCACCGAUGUAUUAUAGUGUUAUUAAAAAACCAAUGUAUAUAAAUAAAAUAAUUUUUAGAUGCAGAAAAAGAAAAUAUAAUAAUUUAAAUUUAUUUUUUGAUGAUGUUAACUUAAUUGUUAAUAAUUGUAAACUUUAUAAUACACCUACCUCAUUAAGUUCUUAUCUUUGUGUUAUUGUUGAUAAUAUGUUUAAAGAAAUUGUAAAUAAGGUAAAAAAUGAUGACAAUUUACAAAACUACAAUAAUAUUUUAACAGAACACUUUUAUAAGAAUAAAAAUUUUUACAAUACAUGGGAAAGUUUUAAUAUAGACAAAAAUGACAUUUCUAAUUAUUCAUCUAAUAGUUUUAAAAAAUUAAACGACCUGGUUAUUAGUAAUGCAAAACAAGAAGGAUUUUCAAAUAAUUCAGUGUUUUCUGUAGAUAUGCUUUCAGAUGAAACAAAUAAAAACUCUAAUAUAUUAGAUGUAGAAAUGACUUCUAAUAUACUAAAUUUUAUGAAUAGUAAUAAUUCUGUUAAUAUGAAAAGUUGCACAUUAACAGAUAAAUUAAAUGUAAGUAAUAUAAGUUAUCAUGAUAAUACAGAAGAUAAAAAUGAUCAAGAAAAUAUAGAAAAUAAAGAUGAUAUUAAAAAUGUACAGUAA